UUUAAUGAUUUGCUGAAAUUAGAAGAAAUUAAUUUAUCUUACAAUAAUAUAAGUAAAAUAAAUAAUCCGUUUUCGGAAUCACAAAAUUUAAAAGAUUUAAAUAUCUCAAAUAAUAAUAUUACUACAUUGGAAUUAGGAAUGUUCAAAAAUUUAAAAUCAUUAAAUUAUUUGGAUCUUUCU